AUGUCCGACCUUCCCCGGUUGCCGACGCGUGGUGGCAGCUCUUCCCCAGCUCCGCCCCCUCCUCCUCCGCCUGCUCCCGUACAACAGACCCAGAGCAAGUACUCCCACCGCGCUGCCAGUGCUCUUGCGAGAUUCGCCCAGCCGUUUUUGACGGGCUCUCGGCCUCCUAGCCCACACGCUCCCGAAGUGCGCGCGGACGUGUCUGCUGCUGUCCGUUCUUCUCUGUCCAGGUCUUUGCCCGGAGCAUCACAGACGGUCACCCAUAAAACGGGCAUCUCGAUUGCUGCCUUGGAUAUUUCCCCGCAACGGACACAUGCAGUAGUCGGAGGAAAGGAGAUUCUCAAAACUAUUCGAGUUCUUUCCGACCAUUCGUCCGAAGAGUUCAACCUACGCAAUGCUAUCAUCAGUUACUCCUCCACUCACCGAAGCGGAAACACGCGCAAGGACCAGCUGACGGUAAAGGACGUGAAAUGGUCACAUGGACCGUACGAUCAAAUUAUCGCCACCGCGGUGGCCAACGGUCGCAUCGUCGUCUAUGAUUUGCACAGGAAUGGGCUAGAGCUCUGCAGGUUUCAGGGUCACAGCCGCCAGGUUCACCGACUAGCAUUCAAUCCACAUCAGCCAGCAUGGAUUCUUUCUGGCAGUCAGGACGCCACUGUCCGCAUGUGGGAUUUGCGGACCGUGCCAACAGACUCUGGUGUUGCUGUAUGUGGAAGUAGAGACCAGUUUCCACUCAAUAGUGAUGCCGUUCGUGACGUGAGAUGGUCUCCCACCGACGGGGUCGUCUUUGCAUCAGCAACAGAUAGUGGUACAGUCCAAUUUUGGGACUGGCGCAAACCGAAUGUGGCUGUCUUGCGCAUCACCGCCCACGAUAGACCGUGCUACUCAGUUGACUGGCACCCGGACGGUCGACACCUGGUUUCUGGCGGCUCGGAUAGACAAGUGAAAGUCUGGGACUCCAAGUCUACGUCAGAACGGAGACAAAAGCCCACGUUUGUGUUUCGCACGCCUCAGGCGGUUCUCAAUGUCCGCUGGCGUCCGCCAUCAUGGACCAGUGAGCUAGAAGGCUCUGGUGACUGGCAAUCGUUCCAAGUAGUGACUUCGUAUGACAAGGAUGAUCCACGGACUCACUUGUGGGAUCUUCGCCGGCCUUAUAUUCCCUUCCGAGAGUUCGAUCGCUAUGAUUCCCCUGCUACUGAUUUGCUGUGGCACUCAAAGGACCUUCUCUGGACCGUAGGUGAUAGCGGUGUCUUCACCCAGACUGACAUCCGCUAUGCUCCGCAGAUGGUAAAUCAACGCCCAACUUGCUCAGUGGCCUGGAGUCCUAGUGGUGAGAUUGUUGCCUUUGGCCAAAAGCGUCCUAGAAGGAGCACCCUAGGUCUCAGCUCGAACGAAUUCAUCGGUCAUGAAGAAAAGAGUAUCAGCGAUGAAACGAUUGAGACAGAAGCAGACGAGAUUGUUGAUGAGCCAUUGUUUGCUUCUCUCCGGCCUCGACAUAGCAAGUCCAGCAGUGUCCGUACUUCCAAGUCGCUUGGCAGCACUCCGCCAGAAAUAGCACUACCAGUCCUCCCACUUGAAAAACUAUUUCCAAAGGUUACGCCCAUAGCGCUGCGUCAGGCGGGAAUGGUGGGAAACGUUGCUGGAGCUACUAUGGAUAGAGAAACGUUUCGAUAUCUUGCUCGGCAGUACUCACCUCUCCUUCAAGGCAGAUUUGAUGGCACACAGAGGGACCUUUUACGCCGGCUUUUAUAUUCGCUUGACCAAAAUGCGCGGUGCGCCGAGGGAAUUACGCUCCUCAAGCUCGCGCAGACAUGGCGCAUAGCAAAGUAUGCUAUUAUGGAGGAACUCCGAGCAAGGCAGAAAGAUGACAUCCCUAAUAAUGGCGCUCGCACCGUUAAAAAGAAGCCUUCCAAUGAGCUCCAGGCAAGUCUCCCGGCGGCGGCGGAUGCAAGACACGAGAAAAUGAAGAGUCGCUUCUUCAAGGGGGUUAUAGAGGGCGGAUCGACGAAACAUUCUCUCUCUGAACUUGAAAUUCUCUAG